UUAACGAUGAGAACCUUGAACUCUGUGAGGAUCAACUUAUCAAAACGUGGAUAAUUAGUGAUUACUUUACUGACGAACCGCUUUAUAAAUAUAUUCACAUUAUUGUCAGAUCACCUAUACCACCUGUUAAAUUUGAUCUUGUAUGUCUCUUUUGUACAAAAGAUGAAACGUAUAGUUUGUUUAUAGAAUUUAUACAAGUAGCCAAGGAAUUAAAACCAAAUGAAAAAUCUAACCCCUUUAAUUUUUGCAACUUAAAAAUUAACGAUAUGACUUAUGAGGAAGUUAGAGAUUUAAUCUACGAAUUGAGAUACUGCGAGGAACAUGAUUCUGAAGAAGUCACAGGUCAAUUAAUUCGUUUCAUACCAGAAGGAAAAGAGUUUCUCAAUGCUAGAAUUCCACCACAAAGUUUCCAUGAUCCUCUGCCAACCUGGGAAAAGAUCUCACAAGAUUUACAGAAGGUUUUUGAUAAAACCUUAGACAAUGAACUGAGACCAUCGUUCCGAAAAGUGCAUUAUAAUUUAGUUGAUAUGAGUAUUGGAUAUAAGCAAAUUCAAGGUAAAUAUACAGAUGAACUUGCUAUUAUACUAUAUGUUCACCAGAAAGGUAUUCUACGCCUAGGAUGUGGUGGCUCAUUUUCAAAAGAGAUUUGUGAGUAUCCAGUAGAUGUUAUUGAGGCCUGUGUUACAACUCCCUAUAGUUUUUAUAAGAGCAGAUGUCUAGAUUAUCAAAAGAAUAUUCUGUUAGGAUCAAGUAUAGGGGUGAUAGGAUCUCAGAGAACAUCUGGGACUAUUGGCGUUGUUGUUAUUGACAAAGAUUCAAAACAAAUAGGCAUCCUUUCAUGUGAGCAUGUAUACAAAUUUAAUGAAUCGAGUUCUGAAAAAGGCAACAUAAUAUAUCAGCCUUCGCAUGAUAAUUUAGAUGAACGUAAACAGGAAUUUAUUGGAAUGGCAUUAGAUGAUGAAAGGUACAAAGAAGAUUCUGAAAGAAUGUAUUGUAGAAUCGAAGAGAACAGACAGAAUUCUAAACUGGCUCGCUAUGAUUGUCUCAUACAAAACAACUUCUUCUCUAUUACACAUCAAAAAAGCUUUGGUGUUGAUGUCGCAUUUUGUAUUCUUACAAAUAAAAGUCGUACGUUAUGUCCAGAUAAAUUUUCAGUUCUCUCAGAGUGCUUCAAAAAAGUCAAACUUCCUGAAAACACUUGUCUGAACAGUUUUUACACAUAUAAAGAUUUUGAUGACAUCGAUGAGCUUGAAGUCUUUAAAGUAGAAAGUGAAACAGGUCUUUCUUGUGGAAAAUUAGUUCCUGUUAGUACUGCUGUUUCCAUUGAUCUUACAAACGAAAGCAUUAAAUUCGCAGAAAGAGAAAGUUUAGGUGAAAUUCCACAAAUCCCAUCAAGUAUUGAAUUUACAGACAAGGAAUAUUUCAUUGGAUACAUGAAAUCUGGAGACUUUGAAUGUGGAGACUCUAAGGCAAGCGUUGUGAACCAAAAAGGAAAAGCUCUUGACAUCCUUCAUUUGUUAUGGAUGACUAAAUUCAACA